GCUCCACUAAACCUACAAGCAUUAUUUAUAAGUGGAACCCGACGUCUAACAAGAUGAAGCACCGUUACCUUCUUUCAUAGUCACAAGCACUAACACAACUUUGCAUAAAACCAACCACUAACUCUUACCAUUAUCAGACCAAAAAGCAAGAACAAAGCCAUAUCAGUAAUUAAAAAAAAAAAAGGAACAAGCAUAACCAAAUUCAUCUUUAACAUUCCAUCUUACAUAUCUCUUCCUGUUUCUUGCAAAACUAGAACACCAUCAUCUUGUUCUUCGAAUCAAACAUCGAGUUUAUUCUAGUAAAAUGUCACGUACAUUCACAGCUUUUCGUGAACACAUUCUAACCAAAAGAAAGAGCCCAAAAGUUGCUGAUGAGACAAUGUUUGUCAAUGGCAUAGGUGCAAGAAUACCUACAUAUGGUGAAGAAGUUGAUCACAGCAGGCAACCUUGGAAUGGAUUUUUGAUAAUUUACACCAUUGUUCGUAUCCCUUUCUCUAUUCUUUCCUGCUUCUCUAAUCGCCAUGGAAACACAGCUGAUAGGACAUGGGUUACAGGAGAUCCCAUGAGAACGUCUGAAAUCGAUCAUCUUAUGGUAAGUGACAGUAUGCGCUACGCAAUCUUGAUGUAGUAAUUUCCACCUUAUACAGUAGUGAGCUUGCUAGAAAUGUAUUCUCAGAACAUAAUCAAAGCAUACUACCACAUGUAAUGAUAAAUCACCCUUUAUGUGUAGCAAAGUCUGUAUAUUUCAGCAUACAGCAUAUAGUCAUGUGAAAUAAGAGCAAAAAUCUGAAGCCUCUAGUGGCUUUUCAAUGCUCACAGUAAUCCCUUUAUGGGAAGUUCCUAUGUGAGAAUAAGUAGAGUUGUAGUGUAACGAGUUUACAGUACUAAGCGGUCAUUUGGUUGUAUAUAGAAAGUAUUACACUUCCAAGGAAAGUGCAAGUCCAUGAUUUUUCA